AUGUUUUCUUUAAUUAAGUCAGUUUUUUCUAACAUACAGAAUGAGGAUGAUUUAAAAAUAUUAAUUAUAGGUGAAGGAGGCUCAGGUAAAAGUUCAUUAUUUAAUUUAAUUAGUAGCUAUAAUAAUAAAAGUAAAUAUGAAAUAUUAAAUACAUCCUUAUCAAAAAAUAUUAGUACAUCAAACUGUGCCUUAGGUUUUAAUACAACAAAAAUAAGGUUACAUAAAAAUUGUCUCAAAAUAUAUGACUUACAAGGAACAGAAGAUAAUACUAUAGAGAUUUAUGAUUGUUAUUAUCACGAUAGUGAUGUAAUAUUUUAUGUUAUUGAUUCAAAAUAUGAGAGUCAUAUUUUUAAAACCAUUAUUUAUUUAUCAUGUUUAUCUAUGAAUAAUGAAGUAAAGAAAAAAAAGGAUAAUGAACAAUUCAUUAAACCUAUUAUUAUACUAGCUAAUAAAUCUGAUGAUGGAACAUCUUUCUUUUCAGCUCCUUGUAUAUCAAAUUAUAUAAAAUCUAUAGAUAUUUAUAAAAAUGAUACCUUUUGGCAGUAUGCUUUAUCAAAUGAUAAUAUCUUUUUAAAUUACUAUCUAAAUGCUUUAUAUGAUGAAUUAUGCAACUAUUUUUUGAUACAUAAUAUUUCCUUGGAAGACUUUUUAAAAGAACAAUCCAUACAUACAUAUAAUGAUAAUAAUAAAAAUAGUGAUGAUCAUUUAAAUAUUCAAGAUAAAAAAAAAAUGGAUAAUCUUAUUAAUGAUAUUAAGCAAAAGAACAAAAUUUCUUUAACAAUAAAUGAUAUAGAAAAUAAUAAAAUACUAAUGAAUCUAUUGAAACAAAUAAUAAAUCAGAAUAUUAUUAAUUAUAAAAAUAUGCCAAUAGAAGUCUACAAUAUUAGUGUACAUAAUAAUAAAGGAAUUUACGAAAUACUUCUAUCUCUUUUUGAAAAAAAAUAUCAAAGUAAAUAUGAUAAAAAAUAUACAAAUGAAACCAUAAAACAAGAAAAUUCUAAUACUGAAGUAGUAGGAACAAGAUCAAAAAAAAAAGAAACAAAAGUUGAAGAUAAUAUUAAUACACAACAACAAACAAUUACAUAUUCGAAUUCAUCCAAAAAUAAAUUGUAUAAUGGAUCAAAUAAUAAUUUAAACAAUCAAAGUUUUUUAUAUACCCACCCAAAUGAUACAAUUAUAAUAGAAAGUGAAAAUAAUGACACCAAUGGUUCCUCACAAAAUAAUAAUUUUCUUAUGUAUGAAUAUGAUAAUAAAGGAAUUAAUUUAUUUAUCGACCAUAUGCAAUAUUUAUACUUUAAUAAGGAACAUGAUAUGGAAACCUUUCCAGAAGAUUUAUAUUUAUGGAAGCAAGAUAAUUUAAAAUAUAAAAAAGAACUUAACUGUUCAAAGAAAAAAAAAAAAAAAAUAUUAAAUGGAAUACAAGAAAAAAUAAAUGUAAAAGAAAUAGGACAGCAUGAACAAUAUGAUGACCCCAAACUUUUAAAGGAGGGCACAAAGGAAUUAGAAGAAAAAUGUAUAAUAGAAAAAGAAAGUGAUAAUAUAUCUAACGAAACAUAUAAAAAAAAUAUAAAUUUAGACAAUAAAGCAGUAGAAACCAAAAGAGAAGAUGAUGAAAAUAUUUUAUUUAUGCAUAAUCCAAAUCGAAUAGAAAAUAAAAACAUAAGCUUAACAAAUAAUUCUAUAAAUAAUCCAAUAGAAGUAAAACAAAAUACCAUGAUAAUACAAUCCUUUUCUGAUGACAAAGCAACUAGUGUGAUACAAAAUGAUACACCAAUUAAAGAAAGAAAUUGUGAUGAUUAUGAUGUAGAGAAAAAAAUAGAUCAUAUGAAAACUAUAGAUGAGAAUUUAAAGGAUAAAGAAAGAAAAGUUACAAAUUCAUUUCUUGUGGAAGGAAGUACUUAUGAAGUAGGAGAAGAAGAUGAAACUAAAGAAGAAGACGAAGAAAUAUACAAAGGUAUACAAAAAGAAAUUUAUUUCGAAAAGAUAGAAAAGGAAAAAAAUAAUUUAAAUGAUAACAUGAAAAAAGGACGAAUAGAAGAACAAACUGAUGAACAAUAUGACAACACUUAUAUAGAAAAUAAAAAAAUAAAUGAUGCUUCAGAUAAUAAUCAAAUGAAAAAAAAAAGUUAUAUUGAAAAAUGUGUUGAUAAAACAAAUUGUUCAAAUAAUUAUAACUCUAUUAAUAAAAAAUAUAAUGAUCAUGAUAAAACAAAUUAUAUUUAUAAAAAUAAAAUAAAUAAAAAAAGGUAUACUAUUAUAGAAAAAAUUAAAAAAAAAAAAAAAAAAUUUUUGUUUAAAAAAAAGGAACUUAUGAACAACACAGAUGAAAAUUCUAGUAAUUCUGUGGAAGAUGUUAAUACAAUGAAUAUAAUGCGAAUAGAUUCGUUGAAUGAAAUAUGA